AUGCUCAUAAAAUUUCUCUUCCAGGUGAAACAGGCAACCAACCAAAUUGUGAUGAACUGUGCUGACAUUGACAUUAUUACAGCUUCCUAUGCGCCAGAAGGGGACGAAGAGGUACAUGCUACAGGCUUCAACUAUCAAAAUGAGGAUGAAAAGGUGACCCUCUCCUUUCCCAGUACUCUUCAGAAAGGGACAGGGAUGCUAAAGAUAGACUUUGUAGGGGAGCUGAAUGAUAAAAUGAAAGGAUUUUACCGAAGUAAAUACACCACCCCUACUGGAGACACGCGUUAUGCUGCUGUCACUCAGUUUGAGGCUACUGAUGCCCGCAGAGCUUUCCCUUGCUGGGAUGAGCCUGCUAUUAAGGCAACAUUUGAUAUUUCUUUGGUGGUUCCUAAAGACAGAGUAGCUUUGUCAAAUAUGAAUGUCAUUGACCGGAAGCCGUACCCAGACGAUGAAAAUCUGGUGGAGGUGAAGUUUGCUCGCACCCCUGUCAUGUCGACGUAUCUCGUAGCGUUUGUGGUGGGAGAAUAUGACUUCGUAGAGGCCAGGUCCCUCGACGGCGUCUUAGUGCGUGUUUACACUCCUGUUGGCAAAGCGGAGCAAGGAAAGUUUGCAUUAGAGGUUGCUGCUAAAACUCUGCCUUUUUAUAAGGACUACUUCAAUGUUCCUUACCCUCUUCCUAAAAUUGAUCUCAUAGCUAUUGCAGACUUUGCUGCUGGUGCCAUGGAGAACUGGGGCCUUGUUACUUAUAGGGAGACUGCAUUGCUCAUUGACCCCAAAAAUUCCUGUUCUUCGUCUCGCCAGUGGGUUGCUCUGGUUGUGGGACAUGAACUUGCUCAUCAGUGGUUUGGAAACCUUGUGACCAUGGAAUGGUGGACCCAUCUCUGGCUGAAUGAAGGAUUUGCCUCUUGGAUUGAGUACCUAUGUGUAGAUCACUGUUUCCCAGAGUACGAUAUCUGGACUCAGUUUGUUUCUGCUGAUUACACGCGAGCUCAAGAGCUCGAUGCCUUAGACAACAGUCAUCCUAUUGAAGUUAGUGUUGGCCAUCCAUCUGAAGUAGAUGAAAUAUUCGAUGCUAUUUCUUACAGCAAGGGAGCAUCUGUAAUCCGAAUGCUGCAUGACUACAUUGGUGAUGAGGACUUCCGGAAAGGAAUGAAUUUAUAUUUAACGAAGUUCCAGCAGAAGAACGCCGCUACAG